AUGGUUGGAGGUGCGGUGGUCGUCAGGCCCAAGAAUGGUCUCAGGGCACGGCCCAAACGAUCACGCGACGGUUAUGACCCAGUCACAACGCCAGACUCCCAAGGCAUCCUCACCGGGGCUAGAAGAAUCAAGAUUACAGGAGGGACUUUUAUUUCUGCGGGCGGAAACGUUUCACUUGCGCCAGAGAGUCCCCAUUUCGAGCCGCCUGAUGUAUACGAGCACUAUGAGGAGCCCCCGGAUUGGCACUCAUUGGCUGGACCACCUCCGACUCGACUUAUCGAAGGGCCGGUUCACACCGCGCCGUCGGAGUCUGAGUGGGCUGUGAACUCCACAGCUCGCACUCAGGGGCCUGCUUCCUCGUUCCCUCCUGCAGGCAUGUCGCGCGAUACCAGGGCCGAGCUCGAAGGGCUGGCAGAAUAUACCCAAGAAUCGCUGGAACCGUUGGAGCUCAUCGAUACAGCAUCCGCAGCAGCGGGAUCGACAUUGCAUCUCCGGCUAACGAAGGCGUCUUUCAAGCAUGAAUCUGGGAGAAAGGAAGGUCUCAUUGUGUCCGAUACCACUCUUCUCGUACUCCUGAAGAGCUUCCCAUACGUCAUCCACCUUGUCGGGAUCUCCGCGAAGACUAGUCCAACCAAGUUCACCGUAUAUUCGGAUCCCUCUCCAAGUACCUACAACAACUACAAGCUUGGUUUGCGCGGAGUUGGAUAUAGGGAGUUCGAUGCUCGCUACGAGACGACUUUCACCCUGGGUCUCAACUAUCUCAAGGCCGACGGACUCACUGGGCUAGCAUUAGAGCAAAUCUUCACCGAGACUCGACUGGUCAAAUCCACGGGAGACGCAUUCAUCGUCGUCCCAUCCCCAUUCGAUUCGCAGGCUUCCAAGGCUCAAGCUGCAAUCAAGAUCAUAAAACUCGUGCACGCGAUGAUCAAACGACGGGUCGACGUUACGCCCAAGAUCGUCCGCUGCCCCGCCUGUCUUCCAGAGGUCUUCGGCUUUUACGGAGGGCUUGCACGAGCGGCCAACCGCGUCAUCCGGAACCUCGAAUCCAGCGGUUUAAAUCUUGACACCCUGGCAGAUGCAAAGGCGGAAGCUGGUGGUCCAGCUGAAUGGCACGAGGUGAUGAGCGUGCUCAGGAACGCGGAAAGGCUGAUGACGAGUUUGGCUACGGAUGUGUUACAGCGCUCAAGGGAAUGUAAAGGUGGUGUAUGUGGCUGGUGUGGUGGACGCUGGUCAGAGAAUGAAAAAGAGGAGGGCAGGGCCUUCAUCGAACCCGUUGGGACUGAACCUGGACCUGAAGUUGUAACGUCUUCAAGCUUCAUAUUUAGGUGGGGUAUGAUACUCGUGCUGUGCAUCUUCCUUUCAUUUGUUGGUAUACUAUUCCGAGGGUUUUAUUAUUCCUAG